GGCAUGAGUCGACCUGAUCCAGACUGCACCCGCUGCUGGAUCGCUGUUGGAUCGCCGUUGGACUGCCGUCGAGGUCGACCCCACCAGAGCCGUCCGCCAUGUGGAUUCCUGCCGGACCAACCCGCCUCUUCGCCUCGCUGCCCCGCCGAUGGGCAGACACAGUGUUCGCCAGGAUACGGUCGCUCGGCUCGGCCUGCCGACCACAUUCGACAGCAACCGGGCAUGGUGCAGCAUCGCAGUGGCUGCGGGAGGACGUCCAGCUCUAUGUGCACAAGAACCAGCUCUUCCUCAAGGGCGCCUAUUUCCUGGGCGCCUCGCAGCUGUUCAUGUGGCUCAACAUUGCCGAGCUGGCCUGGAGCCAUCUGGCUUCAUCCGAGUCCGACUCGGAGGGGAUCCAGCAGUAUCAGCCCGCCUCGAUGACAUAUCGGUGGGCCGCCACUGGCUUCUGCAUCGGCGUCGGUGUGGUCUUCAUGGCCGUUCCUCACGUCUACGCCUCAAAGCGCAUCAAGCAGCUCACUCUGCUUCGAGGCGGAAAGGAGGUCAUGAUCCAGACCUCAAACCUACUUGGCCGAAACAAGUACAUCGUCCCCGCCACGAGGCUGAAGGCCAAGGAGCGUUGUAGUGAAGCUCGAAGCCAGACAGCAUCAAAGAGUCCAGCCUCAGGAUGGUCCAGGGCCCUUGGCAGCCAAGACUACUAUCUUAUGGAAUACACUGGCAAGCCAUACAAGUCCUUCCUGCUCAACCGCGGGGCGACAUUCAGCGACCGCAAGCUCUUUGACACCCUCUUCUUCAAGCCUUGAUGCGAACCGCCGCCACCGAUCGAGAUGCUCACGAGCCAAGGACGUGGAUGUGUCUCUAUU